AUAAAAAUAAUGUUGAAUAUAAUAUAUGAGUUAUAAAUAGGUUAAAAAGCUAUUACAUAAAAACUAAAUAAUACCAAAAUUAAUUCAUAUGUUAUUUUCUCUAAUACCUCACCAAACGAUCAUAGUUUAUGCCAUGGUUUGUUGUUAUGCCUCAUAAGUUGGUAACCACCACAUUCCAACUAAUCAGUCAAUUCCAAAAUAGUUAUAAUAUUUCGUUUCUUGAGAAUUAAUCUAAUUAACCUUUAAAAUUAAGUUAGAUUAUAUUAAUUUAAUAUUUCAAUUCCAAAAUAGUACUUUGUCGUUCGCAAAUAGCAUACACCAUGGAACCUCAUCCUGAAUAUGUCGUGUCAGCUCAUCUAUCAUCACGACAAAUAAGAACGGGCUUAGCACCGAUCCUUGAUGUAGACCCAUCUCUACUGGGAAGGGAUUCGAAUCCCCCCUUCUCCCCAUCGUUCUAACCCGAGUCUUGGCUCCAUGAUACAUGUCCCUUAUCGCCCUAAUAUACACCAUUGGGACACCUUUCGCCUCCAAACACCUCCAAAGGACCUCUCUCGGAACUUUGUCAUAAGCCUUCUCCAGAUCAAUGAACACCAUAUGCAGGUUCCUCUUUCUUUCUCUAUAUUUCUCCACCAGUCUCCGCAUAAGGUGAAUUGCUGCAGUAGUCAAUCUCCCCGGCAUGAAUCCAAAUUGAUUCUUGGGAAUAGACACCCCUCUCCUCACCUUUAUCUCCACCACUCUCUCCCAAACUUUCAUAGUGUGCUUUAGCAAUUUGAUACCCUUGUAAUUGUUACAAUUUUGGAUAUCACCUUUGUUCUUGUACAAUGGGACCAUUGUGCUCCACCUCCAUUCGUUAGGCAUUUUAGCCGUCUUAAAAAAUAGCAUUAAACAGCCUUGUUAACCACUCAAUCCCCGCUUUGUCAGUGCUCUUCCAAAAUUCCACCGGAAUCUCAUCGGAUCCGGUCGCUCGUCCCCUGCUCAUCCUACUAUCAACACGCCUUACCUCCUUAACCUUAAAACACCUACAGUACCCAAAAUCCCUACAACUUUCAGAGUGUGCUAGUUCAUGCAAAUGUGGAAAUAGGUAACAAGAUUUAUCCAUUUCUGUUAGUGUACAUAUUUAUAUGUGUUGCAAUCUGUGUACGUCAGUCUUCAGUUAUACUGCAAGGUCAAAGAAUAACCCUUAGUAUCACAACUUAAAAAACCCUGUGAAAACUGUUGAAAUAUGCUCCAAUACAUGAGUCAUCACAAAGAGAAAUAUUUUCCAUUCUUUCAUCAAUUUGUUUUGCUAAUACUUCAGACAUGUUCUUUCGAUAUACUUUUUACUUUAUUUUUGUGUAAGAAAUAAAGUUUUGAUGGGAUUUCAACUCCUAUCUCUGCUCUGAAGAACAAUGCAUGUUGGUCUUAACUUACUCUUAUUUUAUUAUUAUGGUGUAGAGCCUAUGUAGCUUGGCAUGCUUGCUUGACGAAACCAUAUUCUCCUUUGGUUAAAAGCCAAUCCUAGGUCCUCAUCCCUCAACUCUAUCUAACUCGAUACGUUGGGCAUCCUCCUUGGUCUCCUUACCAAAUAUUCUGGUUCUAUCCACUCCCGAAAUAGACUCUAAAGUUUCUUGAAACACACACAAAUUAAUUUUUCAAAAUGGUUGUAACUACUAAGAUUUUUAUUUAUCCCGACACAACUCCUGAAAUCACUGGAAUGCACUCUAAAAAUACAUUUAAAACAACUAAGUAAUUUCCAAAGUUGCUGGUACAUCAAAUGUAACACCCAAAUUUUUUUUAAGAAAAAAAAAUAUUUUUUAUUUUGUUACUUUUUCGGGUGAUCUGACUUCGGGAGGCCAUAAACCGAUCAGAAUUUGGAAAUUUGGGAAAACUCCUCAAUUAAGAGUUGUAGAUAAUUGAAAUACCUUUCCAACAUAGGUCAUGGGCUUAUAUAUGACAUUGGAAUAAAAAGUUAUGGACAUUAUAAGGCAGAAGGGUCAACAUGGACAGAAAAUUCGGCCCAACCCGAUUCCAAGUCGAGUCAGGCCCAUAUUUCUUACCAUGUAAGGGGUAAUUUCAGCCUUAUUUCUUCUAUUUCAUACCAGAACAUCAUAUCGAGAGAGAGAGAGAACUUCUAGGCUAAGAAGUCAUUUUUGACCCAAAUCCGAGUUCUAAAUUCCAAAGCUCGUGAAGAGAAAGGCGUUGCACGUUGCAUUGUCUUCACUUUGAGCUCAAAAUCAGCGAAGGAGUGUAUUGAUGUGGUUGCUUUACACUGAAGGUGGGAUAGUAGCUCUGGGGAAGUUUGAUGCACUCCAUAUUGGUCACCGCGAGCUUGCAAUUCAAGCAGCAAAGAGAGGAAUUCCGUUUCUUCUUUCAUUUGUUGGAAUGGCGGAAGUACUUGGAUGGGAACCGAGGGCUCCCAUUGUUGCUGAAUGUGAUCGCAAAAGGAUUCUUUCGUCUUGGGCUCCUUAUUGCGGUAAUGUAAUGCCAAGGGAACUCCAGAUAGAUUUUUCAAAAGUUCGAUAUCUUACGCCUUGUCAAUUUGUGGAGAAGCUGUCCAAAGAGCUGGGAGUACGAGGAGUUGUUGCUGGCGAGAACUAUCGUUUUGGAUAUAGAGCUGCUGGUGAUGCAUCGGACCUUGUGAAGCUCUGUGAAGAGUAUGGAUUAGAGGCUUAUAUAAUCAAUUCUGUCAUGGACACAAAUCAAAUUUCUGGAGCCUUAAACUCUAAUGACGGAAAGGAGAGAGGGCAAGCAUCAUCUACUCGUGUUAGGUAUGCCCUUGACAAGGGAGACAUGAAAUAUGUGUCAGAGCUGUUAGGUCGCAACCAUCGUCUUGUUUUAAUGAUGGAAGACCAAGAAAGGUUUACUAGUGAGAGAAAUAGGCUGUCAGCUCCAAAGUCUUGUUUGUUGAAUCUUGCACCCAAGGAAGGUCUUUAUGAGAAUUGUUCAGUUUUGAUUGACAAGAAUGAUAUGCCCUGCAGAGUAAUUGUUGAUACAACAGAUAUUCAUUUGGAAUUCUAUGAGGUAGCUAAUUUUUCCUGUGUUACUUCUCAAGACUUAAAGAUAUUAGGUAUUGAAUUUGGUAGUCCAGAGUUAGAUGGGGUUCAAAUUUUGUAAUUCAUUCCCUAUAAUUCGUUAGUGCAACCAUUUCUGAAUGUCCUUCAGUCUUUAAGUAUGAGUAUGAUUCUCUUUAAGCGA